UAAAUACCCCACCAGAUUUUUGCAAAUUAUAUGAUAAUCUCUCCUGUAUAAACCCUCUCCUCUUAACUUGCGGCAUCAAUAUUGGUCAAUGCAUUAAAACCUACCUAGUCCAACACAUCUUUCACUGUCGCUACUACUACUAGCCAAAAGAAAAUACAAUAUUACUAGAAAAAUCUAACCUGGUUAGCCUCUCUCUUUCUUUCAUAUGCAGUUUAAUGUAAAAUGAUCACACCAGAAGUGCCCCAAAACAAGUCUCAAUACUCUCCAAUGGCGAAAUCAAGUGUUAGAAACAAACCCUUUUCCUGUUUCAGUGACGGGUUUCUCUAUCUUGGCGGUGCUCUAUUAGCUUUUUUACUAGUCUGGUCAUUGUGGUCUUACACAGUUCCGCACAGUUUCGAACCCAACGGUAGUACAAAAUCCGCCACCAACGACCCCCAGACCCACCAAUGCGUUCAAGAAAAUCCUGCUGUCAAUUUAGGCUACGACCCACCAGACCAAACGUUCUAUGACGAUCAAGAAAUGAGUUAUUCGAUCGAGAGACCGAUGAAGAACUGGGACGAGAAGCGAAAAGAGUGGCUCAAACGUCACCCUUCAUUUGCUCCUGGCGCUCGUGAUCGUGUGGUUCUUGUGACUGGAUCACAAUCGAAGCCAUGCAAGAACCCAAUAGGUGAUCAUUUACUUUUAAGAUUCUUCAAGAACAAAGUUGAUUACUGUAGAAUCCACGGCUACGACAUCUUUUACAACAAUGUUCUGUUACAUCCUAAAAUGUCUAGUUAUUGGGCCAAACUACCCGUCGUUAAAGCAGCCAUGCUAGCUCACCCAGAAGCUGAGUGGAUCUGGUGGGUUGACUCGGAUGCCAUGUUCACCGACAUGGAAUACAAGCUCCCGUUACGGCGUUAUGAUUACAGGAACCAUAACUUGGUGGUCCACGGCUGGGAAAAGUUGAUCUACAAGGAGAAGAGUUGGACGGCUUUAAACGCUGGCGUUUUUCUGAUAAGAAAUUGUCAGUGGUCUAUGGAUUUCAUGGAGAAAUGGAGUAGCAUGGGUCCAAUGAGUUCUGAAUAUAAGAAGUGGGGUCCAAUCCAACGGUCAGUAUUCAAGGACAAGCUGUUCCCUGAAUCAGACGAUCAGUCGGGCUUGAUCUAUAUGCUUUAUCAGGAUAAGGGUUUGAUGGACAAGAUUUACUUAGAAGGGGAGUAUUACUUUGAAGGGUAUUGGGCAGAUAUAGUGCCAACGUACGAUAACAUAACGGAGAAGUACACGGAGUUGGAAAAGGAAGAUGGGAAAUUGAGGAGACGACAUGCAGAGAAAGUGAGUGAGCAAUACGGCGUGUUUAGAGAACCACACUUGAAGGAGGCAGGGAAUGGUAAAGGGAGCUGGAGGAGACCCUUCAUCACACAUUUUACUGGCUGUCAGCCUUGUAGUGGGGAUCACAACCAGAUUUAUCACGGGGAGACUUGUUGGAAUGGGAUGGUCAAGGCUUUGAAUUUCGCUGAUAAUCAAGUCUUGAGGAAGUAUGGUUUUGUGCACCCUGAUUUACUGGAUUCUGGCACGGUCACCGAGACCCCCUUUGAUUAUCCCGAUGAUGGGCCAUGGUGAAUGAUUCACCGACCAAAACAUAGGAAAAAAAGGACUAAGAUCUUCGUUUUCCAAAGUGACCAAAAACACCUUCCAGCAUCCCUUCAACCAUGCCCAAGUGGCUGUUGUGAUCAAAAGAGUAGCUAUUUUUUUGGAUUUUCUUCUCUCUCUUAAAAUUUCCAAGUUUCUGUUAUGGUGAAACAGUAAUUGCCUUGUGGUGGGUUGCUAGCUUGCUACAAUGCCUAUGUUUUCAAUAUCAACAUUUUAUAUCGUUGGAUUUGAAUAAAAUAAUAAAUUCAAUGCUUCAGAUGGGAAUUGACACUGCGUCGAUUCUUAAAACGUAGGCAAUCUAGACUCAUCCCUACCUUGUGAUCCCAGUUCCGAAAUCCUUUCCGGCAGAUCCAUCGAGCCUGGAAAAAUUUCAUUACAUGGCUAAUAUGCUAGUUGUGGAUAUUAGUUGUUCCUGAGCAGCUGAGUAGAAUGAUAAAUCAUUAAAUUAUUUGAAGACAUAGUGGCCUAUCAAUUCAUUCUAGAUUCAUUUUAGAUUACCCUUGUGAUUGAGCUGUAUUAUUCCAUCUAUCAUCUCGGAUUUUUAGUUUUUUUCUGAGUUAUUCCAAUUUCAUCAUUCCAAUCCCGACGUGUUACAUGUAUUUUCUGAUCUCAUGGAUUCAUAUAUGCACCCGGACAGUUUUCUACCU